AUGACAACGUCAACAGGAAGAACAACUAGGGUGAUUGGGUGGUACCAUUCGCAUCCUCAUAUUACGGUUCUUCCUUCCCAUGUUGAUGUGCGGACACAGGCAAUGUAUCAACUUCUAGAUUCUGGGUUCAUUGGGCUUAUAUUUUCCUGUUUUAGUGAAGAUAUAAACAAGGUCGGACGAAUCCAAGUAAUUGCUUUUCAGUCCUCAGAUGGGAAGCAGCAUCACAUGUCAAGACCUAUAUCUUUAUCUCCUGUAAAUAAAAGUCCAGUUAUAGAAGUUGAAUCGUCUUUAAGUACCUCUGAAAAUGAACCUGCAAGAUCCUUUAGAGCAGAGUGUCCUGAACAAGACACAGCUGAUUCAAGAACUUCUGGAACUAUAAAGGGUGGGGGACGAUCUUCAGACCUGGGGCUUUUGUUUGCUAAUGCUGAUGCAAAUCAUCUAGAAAAAGAAAGAAUUGGAGGAAACCACCACACUAACACUUCAGACAUCAUCAUUGCCGAUAUAGAUCACAUGGAUAUGUCAGAGAGCAUGCAAGAAGCAAUGCACCGUUCGAAUUUGGAUAUGAGUGGUGCCGAGUAUGUCAGGAAAGAAGUUCCUCUCCAUGUUUUACCGACCUCGUCUCUUAUUAAACUCGAUUCACCAUUAUUGUCAUUUACGGAAUUGCAACGAGUACUGUAUGAAGAGGAGCGAGCAGCAUAUAACCAAGCUAUCUCACAAAAUAUGAGGGAUGGGAAAGUGCAUCCACUUACUUACAUACAUCACACAUCAAUGUACCAGGCUUCCAUGUGCAAAUUAAUUGAAUAUUGUUUAAGUCCUGCCAUAAAUGCACUGCAGUGUCGGUUAAGAGAGAAUGAAAUUCGGUUAGCAAUGCUCACUGAAGAAGUGAAGAAUUUGGAGACCGAGACACAUAGAGCAAGCGAGCAAAGUUCAGGAUCUCCUCGUCAAGUUCCAUCGCCUCGUCAAAUUUCGUCGCCUCGUCAAGUUUCGUCGCCUGUACCCCGAGGAAGUACUCCGUUAGGUCACAGGGACUUGUUUAGUCCAACUGAAUCAAUCAGUGCGAGAGGUCUAGCUGGUUCUGGUAGUCGAAGCCGAAAAGGAUCAUAA